CACACACUCACAGUCACAGGACCAGAACAGCACGGAAAACGCACACCCCCACAUGUAAGUGAAACUACGAAGAGGCACAACAGACACACAGGAAGCACACCAGCAACAUUAUGGACUAAAAAAAGAGACUUUUAGAAAUAUCAGACACAAACCUGAAUAAGAAAAGUAGCAUUUAAAAAAAGAUUUUUAAUCAAGAAGACAAUCUGAAGCAGGAAAACUUACUUCUGACCACUGGAGCAAGAGGUGAAGAUGGAGAAGUCAGAGAUGUUUGGCUUCUCUCUGGAGACAGACGACAGGACGGAGGAGGAAAAAACACGGCAGAAUGCGCCAAAGAAGGGCGGUGUGUUUUCUUCCCUGGGUUUGGACCAGGAGUUGCCCAAGGCUCCCAUGGACACUGAUUACCAGGAGGAAAUGGAGAAGACCAAGCCUCAAAUCAGAUUCAAUCUCAACUUUGACAAAGGGAUUCGACGUGAGAAGCAGCCCGGCCAGAAGAGUGACAGCAAGACAUUUAACAUUGAUAGGUUGUUUGAAGCCGUGGCCAGCCGGGAUGUCAGAAAGCUGGAUGGCCUGCAUCAGUACCUGCACCAGAACAUGAAGAAACUCUCGGACUCUCUCUAUCAGUCCUAUGGUAAAACUGUCCUGAUGAAGGCUCUGCUGCACCUCAGGAACGGCGAGAACAAGACGGUGGAACUAUUAAUCGACAUUUCAGAGAAGAUGGGCGACAUUAAAGAGUUUGUGAAUGCAGCCUACACCAACAGCUACUACAAAGGCCAGACCGCUCUCCACAUAGCCAUUGAGAGGAGGAGUUUUUCCUAUGUGAAGCUGCUGAUCAGUAAAGGAGCAGAUGUCCAUGCCAAAGCCUGCGGAAUAUUCUUCCAGCCACAUGAUGGCCCCAACUUCUACUUUGGUGAGCUUCCUCUGUCUCUGGCAGCCUGCACCAACCAGCCCGACAUGGUGGACUUCCUCAUGGAGAACAGUUACCAACGAGCGGAGGCUAAGACGAGGGACUCCAGCGGCAACACGGUGCUGCACGCCCUGGUGGUGGUGGCUGACAACACUGAGGAUAACACACGGUUUAUUACCAAAAUGUACGACCGCAUCCUCAAAACCACAGCCAAGCUGCACCCCACGCUGAAGCUGGAGGACGUUGAGAACAACAAGGGGCUGACGCCUCUCAAAAUGGCUGCCAAGACUGGCAAGAUUGGGCUUUUUUCACACAUCCUAAAACGGGAAUUCCAGGAGAGUCACACCAAACAUUUGUCCCGUAAAUUCACCGAGUGGGUUUACGGGCCCGUCCACAGCUCCCUGUACGACCUGGCCUCUGUGGACUCGUUUGAGGAAAACUCAGUCAUGGAGAUACUGGUCUACGGUAGUGACAUCCCUAACCGCCACGAGAUGCUCCAGUCGGAGCCUCUGAGCCAGAUGCUGGAGGAGAAGUGGAAGAAGUUUGCUGGCCCAAUGUUUUUUUUUAACUACCUGGUCUACCUCCUGUACCUGAUCAUCUUCACUCUGGUCGCUUACUAUAGAGAGGGUGGAGAGGAUGUAAAGCUGCCGUUUCCUAUCAAACACACCCCAGUGGGAUACCUAUAUGUCUCAGGCCAGCUAGUGACAGCGCUGGCAAACUGCUAUUUCUUUCUCAUGGGGAUCAUAGACAUGAAGAGGAAACGCCCGAAGCUGGAGACGUUGCUGAUUGAUGGAUAUUAUGAGAUUCUUUUUUUUGUGCAGGGCACCCUGUUCCUGGCCUCCGGCUUUCUGUACCUGUCAGGGCGGAUGGAGUACCUUGGCUUCCUGGUGAUGUGUCUUGCUCUCAGCUGGGUGAACAUGCUCUACUACUCCAGAGGCGACAAACACAUGGGCGUCUACAGCAUCAUGAUACAGAAGAUGAUCCUUUGUGAUAUCCUGCGCUUUCUUUUUGUCUACAUCGUCUUCCUCUUGGGAUUUUCAGCAGCGGUGGUUACAUUGCUCAAGGAGCCUCCUAAGGGGCGCAGUUUCUUUACUACCGUUGCCCCUGGUUCGGAGUGUCAAAAACCGUACUUCAGAAGCAUCUCCUUCACCAUUCUGGAACUCUUUAAGUUCACCAUCGGCAUGGGCGACAUGGAGUUCACUGAGGGCUACGUGUACAAGGAGGUGUUCUUCGUGCUCCUCAUCGGCUACAUCAUUCUCACCUACAUCCUGCUGCUCAACAUGCUCAUCGCCCUCAUGAACCGCACCGUGGAGAGGAUCACCAUGGAGAGCACCAGCAUCUGGAAGCUACAGAGGGCUAUCACUAUCCUGGAAAUGGAGAAAAGGCUGUCUCGCUGUCUAAGGAAGAGGUUUCGCUGCGGGGUGGAGAAGAACCUCCACACCGCUCUUGGAGAUGACCGUCGCCGGUUUUUCAGAGUGGAGGAAGUCAACUGGAACAAAUGGAACAUCAACCUGGGCAAAAUCAAUGAGGAUCCUGGGUGCUGUGAUCGUGCCCAACAGUCCGCCUCAAACACUCUGCCGGACAGACCAAGCAGAGGGAGGAGCUGGAGAUGCGUAUUCACGGACGGCAGUCGGCCGUGGCGGCAGACAUACGAGUCCACAGAGAUGAGUCCUCUGGGUGCCUCGCCGGUCUAAAGAGACAACAGAGAGCUUCACUCUGGCUGCUCAACCUGACUGACCCGAGCAUCGAGGCAUUCAAACCUGAGAGACAGCAUUCAGUUUCAGUUCCCCAAGAAAUGUAACUGUCAAAUGUGUGGACUGCCUUUCUGACGGACUAAUAUUCCCAUGCCAACUUGAUUGUCUUUGAGGCAAUAUUUCACUGAGAUGAGCAGUGAUGAGGAAGAUAUGGCAGAGCUUUGUUCAUCUGACUGACAUAAGGGCAUAAAAUAGAAUGUAUCAAAGCUGAAAGCUGCAUCAAGUGCUGCUUAAUUGCCAAGUCACAUGUUUGCAAUACAUUAAAAAUUUAAUCCAAAAGGCUUUUGGACAUGCUGUUUCUACCACCACCUGAACAGGAUGCACAUCCUCUCUGCACAAAGGCUAAAACCUGCCGGCACCUCUGACAUCGCUCAAAAUCCUUCAUGGAGUAAUACUGAUUACUAAAGGUGCUGAUCCUGCUCUCCUGCUGUGUGCCCUUUAUACAAGUCCCAUUUUCAUCACAGCCAGACAAGCUAAAUCUACUGCAGCCAGAUAGGCCUGUGGAUUUCGCAGCUUGCUUUGUCUACUCAACUUCCUGUUUCUAUUUGGCAGAGGCAGGCUCUGAUAAAUGGCAUCAAAGCACAGCAAUCAGGUGCAAUAAUCGCCACCUUCAGCAAUAGCUGUCUCAGUUACAAAUUGCAUGUGGUUUAGGCGGCCCUUUUGAACCGUUCAGCCACUUGUAAGGCUGAUUAUGUAAGACACAAAUCUGUGAAUAGUAACUGACCCGAACUGUCAGGACAAGAUGACAAUAGUUGUCAUUCUCAUGCAAAAUGAAGGGAGCAGGAGAAAAGUGCAUAGCUUUUCUUUUUUUUUGUUGCUGAAAAGUGCACACCUGUUGUCAGUUUGAAUCAGUGUUGCAGAUAAUCCAAACCACAGUUCAGACUAGUUUCAAAGCAUAAAUUAGAACUUUAUUUUAUUAUUACAAUAUUACAAAAAAGAGUAGCACAACUCUCACUCGCUUGCCGCUUAUCUGUCGUACAGAAUGACACAAAAGAAAGGCUUGUGGACCUUCUUCCAUUUCACAGCAAUAGUACAAGAAACAAAGAAGGAAAGAAAAUUUAAAUAACGAGCAAAUCAAGUAUUUUAAAUAGUCACAACUGCAAACUGAAGCUUUGAAACUUGGAAAGAAAAAAAUGUUACAACUCAGUAUCUACACAUUGCUAAAAAAUAUAAUUACAAAAUAUUACUCCUUUUUCUUGCUUUCUAUUAUAAAGAAUAUCUAAGGAAUUGCUCUGUCUAUUCAAUAAAACAAAAAGAGAAGAAAAAAAAGAAACCAAAAAUUG